AUGGCGAAUACAAUCAAGGUCGAAGGAUACCCGUCCAUGGAAUGGCCGACUUCUUUAGAUAUCCCACUAAAGGCCUCAGAAGAAUUGGUCGGUAUUGAUUUAGAAACGGAUUUGCCGGAUGAUCCUACUGACUUGAAGACUUUGUUGGUGGAGGAAAGCUCCGAAAAGGAGCAUUGGCUUACCAUUGCUCUGGCCUAUUGUAAUCAUGGGAAAACCAAUGAAGGCAUUAGACUGAUUGAAAUGGCUUUAGACGUUUUCCAAAACUCUGAGAGGGCUUCAUUACACACUUUCCUAACCUGGGCCCAUUUGAAUUUGGCGAAAGGUCACUCUCUUAGUGUGGAAACAAAAGAACACGAACUUACGCAGGCUGAAUUAAAUUUAAAGGAUGCUAUUGGAUUUGACCCUACGUGGAUUGGGAAUAUGUUAGCUACUGUUGAAUUAUACUACCAGCGCGGUCAUUAUGAUAAGGCUUUGGAAACCUCCGAUCUCUUUGUAAAAAGUAUUCAUGCCGAAGAUCAUAGAUCUGGUAGACAGUCUAAACCUAAUUGUUUAUUUUUACUCUUAAGGGCGAAACUACUAUACCAAAAGAAAAACUAUGUGGCGAGUUUGAAGAUUUUUCAAGAAUUGCUAGUUAUCAACCCUGUGUUACAACCUGAUCCCCGUAUAGGUAUUGGUUUGUGCUUUUGGCAGCUAAAGGAUCCUAAGAUGGCAAUCAAAUCAUGGCAGAGAGCUCUUCAAAUCAAUUCAAAGAACACAAGCGCCUCAAUCUUGGUAUUAUUAGGUGAGUUUCAUAAUUCUCUAACCGAUUCUACAAAUGAUGAAGUCUUCAAAGAAACCUUUUCAAAGGCAUUGAGCGACUUAAAGAAUAUUUUCUCCGAAAAUCAGAAUAAUCCAGUUUUGUUGACGUUAUUACAAACAUACCACUACUUUAAAGGUGACUUUCAAACUGUUUUGGAUAUUUACCAUCACAAGAUUCUAAAAAUGAGUCCCUUAAUAGCCAAAACCGUCCUUUCGGAAUCUUCAUUCUGGUGUGGUAGGGCACAUUAUGCGUUGGGCGACUAUCGCAAAUCAUUCAUUAUGUUUCAAGAAAGUUUAAAGAAAAAUGAAGACAAUUUAAUGGCCAGAUUGGGAUUGGGUCAAACUCAAAUAAAAAGCAACCUGUUGGAGGAAAGUAUUAUUACUUUUGAGAAUCUUUACAAGACGAAUGAAAGUUUACAAGAGUUAAAUUAUAUUUUGGGUUUGCUUUAUGCGGGGAAAACUUUGGACGUCAAGACGUCCAAAAGCAUUCCUGCCAAAGAACUAAAUAAGCUCAAUGAAAAGGCCUUACAAUAUCUAGAAAGAUACAUCAAACUGACUGUGGCAAAGAAAAAUCAAUUAAUUAUCUCCAGAGUUUACCUUGUUAUCUCUCAACUUUAUGAGUCUCAAAAUCAGUACAAGAUCUCUUUGGAUUUUCUUUCCAAAGCUCUGGAAGAAAUGGAAUUCGUUAACAAGGACGAAGUUCCGUUGGAGAUUCUCAACAAUCUAGCUUGUUAUCAUUUUAUCAAUGGCGAUUUAACCAAGGCCGACAACCUCUUUGAACAAGCCAAGGCGAAAGUUAGUGACAUGAAUAAAAGUGUCAAUAUUACACUUGAAUAUAACAUUGCUAGAACUAGUGAAAAAACCAAUUGGGAGAAAUCUGAGUCUAUAUAUUCCCAAAUUACAUCUUCACAUCCUUCUUAUAUUUCAGCAAGAAUAAGAAAUCUGUACAUCAAGUUUGCCCACUCUAAGAUAAACGACUCAGAAAUGAAUAUAGAAAUAAAUGGCCUAUUAGAAAUGAACAAAUCUGACUUAGAAAUGCGUUCAUUUUAUGGCUGGUAUUUGAAGAAUAGCGAAGAAAGGAAAAACAGUGAAAAGAGUACAUCCCAUAACAAGGAGACGCUAGUCAAAUAUAAUUCCCAUGAUGCUUAUGCAUUAAUUUCCUUGGCUAAUCUAUACGUAACUAUUGCUAGAGAUGGUAAGAAGUCUAGAAAUCCAAAAGAACAAGAAAAAUCAAAACACUCUUAUCUGAAAGCCAUUCAAUUAUACCAAAAGGUUUUACAAAUCGACCCGUUCAAUGUUUUUGCUGCUCAAGGUGUUGCAAUCAUUUUUGCUGAGAGUAAAAGAUUGGGACCCGCUUUGGAAAUUCUACGGAAAAUUAGAGACUCUUUAGACAAUGAAGAUGUUCAACUAAACCUCGCUCAUUGUUUAUUAGAGAUGCGCGAAUUUGGUAAAGCCAUUGAAAAUUACGAAUUGGUUUUAAAAAAGUUUGACAAUGAAAGGACCAGACCACAUAUUUUAAACUUAUUGGGUAGAGCUUGGUACUCACGUGGUAUGAAAGAAAGAUCCGUGAGCUUCUUCCAAAAAGCUUUAGAGAAUGCAAAAACCGCUUUAGAGCUUUUUGUUCAGCAAUCCGCCAAGAAUAAAUUUAUUCACAGCGUUAAGUUUAAUAUAGCUUUAUUGCAGUUCCAAAUUGCGGAAACGCUAAGAAGAUCAAAUCCUAAAUUCAGAACUGUUCAACAGAUAAAGGAUUCCUUGGAAGGAUUGGAAGAAGGCUUAGCGUUAUUCAAAGAAUUGAACGAUUUGAAAGAAUUCAACAUGAUCCCUAAGGAAGAGUUAGAACAACGUAUUCAGUUAGGUGAAACCACCAUGAAAAGUGCGUUAGAACGUUCUUUGAAUGAACAAGAAGAAUUCGAAAAAGACCAAAAUGCGAAAAUUGAUGAAGCACGUAAGACUCUAGAAGAAAACGAAAUAAAGGAACAGGAAAGGAUAAAACAAGAGGAAGAAGCCAAACGUUUAAAACUAGAAAGACAAACUAAAGAAUAUAAGAGACUUCAGGAUGAGGCACAAAAACUAAUCCAAGAGCGUGAAGCAAUGGCCGUAAGCGAACAUGAUGUCAAGGAUGACCGUGAUUCAGAUCUCUCCGACAAAGAUAAUGAGUAUGAUGAAGGAAAACCAAAACAGAAAAAAAAGAGAUCAAGCAAGACGAAAAACGAGGGCGAGCCCAAGAGAAGGAAAGCUACUAAAAAGGUUGUUUCUGAUAGCGACGAAGAUGAAGACGAUAUAAUAAAGAAAUCUUCGCAUGUGAAAGGUAAGAAAUCUCAAUUAUCAAGUGAAUUUAUUGAAGAUAGUGAUGAGGAGGAAGCACAGAUGAGUGGGUCCGAAAACAACAAAAAAGGCGACAACAACAACGACGACAACAACAACAACAACAAUAAUGAUGACGAUAACGACGAGUUGUUCUAA